ACUACUCCCUAAAACAAAACCACUCUGGUAUUCAUUUUUCAGCCUCUUCUAACCCAACCAUACAUAGCAGUGAUAGCCCACCCUUUAAAAUGGUCCUCCCUCCAACAACACCUCUUCAAGCCUCUCUCUGAGUGUCCCAAUGCUCGAUUCUGUGUGUCUGGUGGGUUUGUGAUGGAUUUUGGGGUGGUGGGUUUGGAUGGGUUUUUGGGUUCAGACACUGGUUUUACUUCUUCAGAUCCUGCUGAUACCAAGCAAAAGUGGUACGGAUCUGGAUUUCUCAAGCAAGAAAGAUCUUCUGGGACUGCUACUGAAGAUGACUGGAGGGGGUUAAAACUGGCAAAACAUACUUCUAGUGAUGAUUUCUCACCCUCCAAACCAACAACAAUGCUCCUCCACCACCAGCAGAGAAGUAGUCCUUUACUGAGAUCUAAUACUACAUCUACUAACAACAACUCCUCUCUCUGCUUCUCUACUGAUGCUCAGCAGCAUAUGCUCAGCUUCUCUUCACCCAACUCACAAACUGUCACACUGCCUUUCUAUCACCAAUCUUCAAAUGCUUAUGGUAGAAAUACAGGCCAUGGGUCUGGAGGUUUGAAUGCUGCAACUAUGCAUGGGGCAUUCGCUGGUGUGAGAGGUCCUUUCACUCCAUCACAGUGGAUGGAGUUGGAACACCAGGCCUUGAUCUACAAGUACAUCACUGCAAAUGUCCCUAUUCCUUCUAAUCUGCUCAUCCCCAUUAGGAAAGCACUUGAUUCUGUUGGCUUCUCUAGCUUUUCAGGAGGACCUCUUAGACCCACUACUUUGGGAUGGGGUGCUUUCCAUCUGGGAUUCUCCAACAACGCUGAUCCUGAACCGGGGAGGUGUCGACGGACGGAUGGGAAGAAAUGGCGGUGCUCAAGGGACGCCGUUGCAGAUCAGAAGUACUGCGAGCGGCACAUGAACAGGGGACGCCAUCGUUCAAGAAAGCCUGUGGAAGGCCAAACCGGCCAUUCCGUCACCGGACCCACCACCACCACUACUGCUACUACUGAUAAGCUGAUGCCCAUGGCUUCUUCCACGUCAGCAUCUGUGGUGUCCGGAGGCGGCGCAUCCAACCUCGGCCUCUCGCACCACCACCACCACCAAAUCAAGAACUUGCAGCCUGGUGAACCAAGUCCUUGUUCAGCCCCCCAUGUCAACAACAGGAUUUUUCUGAACAAGGAGAAUAUGGGUGAGAGAAUGCAAGAUGCAUCAGACCUCUCAAUGCUAUCUCCGGCCAUUGGCGGCCUAAAAGAGAACCAAUUUUCCAUUGCAAAACAGCGAAAUCCAUAUGAAGAUUCUUCUAGACCCGACUUUGGACUCGUCUGCUCUGAUUCCUUGCUCAACCCUGUGCAUAAGAGUUCUUCGCUCGUUGACUGCAGAAACUACAGUUCUUCCCAAGAGCUCAACAAUAGAGAAACCGGAUCGCAGCAUUCACUUCACCAGUUCAUUGACGAUUGGCCUAAGAACCAGUCCGAACGCUCAGCCAUUUCAUGGCCGGAAAUUGAUCUGCAGUCGGAUAGGACCCAACUCUCAAUUUCGAUCCCCAUGGCUUCUUCAGACUUCAUGUCAUCCACCUCCUCUCCUGCAAACGAAAAUCCCAAUCCCACGCUUUCGCCACUGAGGUUAUCAAGGGAGCUCGACUCAACAACUCAAAUGGGGUUGGGAGUGGGUAGUGUCAUACAUGAACCAAACCAAAGGCAAGCCAGUUGGAUUCCGAUCUCCUGGGAGACUUCCAUGGGUGGACCUCUUGGUGAAGUGCUGCAUAGCACGAAUAACAGUGCCAGCGACUGCAAGAACUCCUCCGCUCUCAACUUGAUGACCAAAGGCUGGGACAACAGCCCUCGGUUGGCGUCAUCCCCAACUGGGGUCUUGCAGAAGACCACAUUUAGAUCACUUUCUAGCAGCAGUGCUGGAAGCAGCCCAAGAACAGAGAACAACAAGACACAUGAGGGGGCUAGCCUUUGCAAUGACCUCCGGGGCUCAACUCUUGUUAAUUCUUCCUUGCCUGCAUUGUGAGACGAUUUGAACCCGGACUAAGAAGAAGACAGUAGGUUAAUGGAAGAAGAAUGAGUUGAGUUGUAUCUGCUGACAAUGAGUUGAAACAAUUAACUUUAGGAGUUUGAAUUUUGUUAAUUUGUUUGAUUAUUGCUAUCUGUUUAUCUUUUGGGCAUGAUGGUUAGAUCAGUGCAGAACUUUGACCGAUCACAUAAGAAGACUUGGACAUCAGCCGUUUUGGCUUCUUAUUUCAGAUGUAACUGUGAUUUUAAGAUUUGGUUUUUUUCACUUCUCAUUAUAUAUAGUUUGUGAGAUUUAUGUAACAAUCAGUUCUUUUUUAUGUUUGGGGAAAGCAACGUUGAUU